AUGGAUAUGAAUAUGGGUGGAAUAGACGGUGCUAUGGGCCAGGCUGGCUUUCCGCUGGAGACCUGGUUCUGGGAGAUGCCCCUUUGUACAAGAUGGUGGACCACAGCAACUGUGCUCACGAGCGCCUUGGUGCAGUGUCAAAUUGUUACUCCUUUCCAGUUAUUCUACAGCUUCCGAGCUGUCUUCUUCAAGAAUCAGUACUGGCGACUCCUCACCACAUUCGUCUACUUUGGUCCCUUAUCACUCGACCUCGUGUUCCACGUCUUCUUCCUCCAAAGAUAUUCACGGCUACUCGAGGAGGCGUCCGGCCGAUCCCCAGCGCAUUUCUCCUGGUUGUUGCUAUAUGCUUGUACUUGUUUGAUAUGUCUCUCCCCGCUGGUUUCUAUGCCGUUCCUGGGACAUCCACUUUCCUCUACCCUCGUCUACAUCUGGUCGAGGCGUAAUCCAGACACUCGUCUGAGUCUGAUGGGGCUGCUGGUGUUUACUGCCCCUUACCUCCCGUGGGUGCUGAUGGGCUUCAGUCUGGUGGUUCACGGCACAAUUCCCAAGGAUGAGAUUAUGGGUGUGGUUAUUGGACAUGUCUAUUAUUUCUUCUCGGACGUCUACCCUCCACUGCAUAAUGGCUCUCGUCCUUUCGAUCCACCCAUGUGGUGGCGGCGGAUUUUUGAAGGCAGACCACAACAGGAGACUGCAGAUGCUAUCAACAAUGAAAUUGCGGUUGCGGCGGCGCCCGUCCCUGAGGUACGAUAG